UCUGUUUGGUUUAGGGGAGCCUACCAGACCAUGUGGCCGGUGCAGCUCUGCACGGAUGCCUAAGUGUGCAGAUGCAGAGCCUGCCAGGCAAGACUUUUGCCACUGCUUUUCACGCCACCUGCAGAGUGUUAACCAGCCUACUGCAGCAUCACACCAAGGUGGCCAGGAAUGCCGUCCCAUCACUGAUGGCCUGCUGCAGAACAUUGCUAGUGGCUCUUGUUCAUGAGGGAAGACAAAACAAGGGAUCAGUGGACAGUGCUGAUGUCGUCCUGUGUGCGGGAGACUUUGAGAGACUGGUGGCAGCACUGGUGCAGAAAGUAGACCUGACAAGGACUGCAGCAUUCCUGGUGGCAGAGUAUGUGAGUGAGCUGCAGCAUGGAACAUUACAUCCUGACGUUAAGAAAUCCUUGGUGCCAUCAGUGUACCUGCUGCUGGACGUUUGUGGCAUGCAUGGCAGCAAACUGCUGGGCACAGCCCUGGACCCUGGGCUCAGGGAGAUAUACAAGGCACUCCAUACGGACUACAGCAGAUAUCACAAGUACAGAGGAAAAGUGUGAACACAGCCCUGGACCCUGGGCUCAGGGAGAUAUACAAGGCACUCCAUAUGGACUAUAGAAGAUAUCACAAGUACAGGGGAAAAGUGUGAAUACAGCCCUGGACCCUGGGCUCAGAGAGAUAUACAAGGCACUCCAUACAGACUAUAGCAGAUAUCACAAGUACAGAGGAAAAAUGUGAACACACGUGUAUACAGUAUAGUGGUAAAAAGGUCUUAAGCUUUUGUGGUAUCAUAGUACAGUGUAUCAUAACGAUGUAUGAUUAAACAAUUAUGACUAAUAAAUAUGACGCACAAGCAUCUAGUUGUCUCUCAUGUUCUUGUACCAAACACUCCACAGUCCACAUACUGUAAAUGCAGAAACUUUCACGCUGGUUUAAUAUUCACAGUUUUUGCAGUGGCUGCUUCACUGCGAACUUAAAACCACCGCAAACAUUUUUCCAUGGCAGUAAGAGACUUCAGUGCAUGGUGCUACCGUGAAAUUAAAACCACUGCAAAAAGUAAUUUUCCCGCUACCAUGAAAUUAAAUCCCCACAAACUUAAAUGCAUUUACAGUAAUACAGGUAUAGUCAUCCAUGCUGGGUUGUGUGGGUGGUUGUUAUUAUCCAGAUGCCCUCACGGAGGAGUAAUAUAUUAUCAUCUGUUCAGUAUGUGGAAUAAAAUAAAUGUCACAUCAGAAAGCUGACCUGGAAAUAGCUGACAAGAAGUAAUGGCCCAGGGCAAAUGAUUUCCACUCAAUAACUUAUUUACUCAAUGCUGAUAGAUUAUUUUAAUCAGGUAUGAGAGAAAUUUUAUUAUCAAAACUGUGAAGUGAUAGAAACAAACUGUUUUCAGCUAUACAUUGUUGUGGAAUAUUAAACUGGUCAAUAGCAAUAAACAAGUUGCAAUGUAAAUACUGCAUUGAAUUAAAGUCUAAGUUGUAUUUAGAGCUUAGCAACAAUUCGAUAAUAUGGUACUUUGUUUGAUGAUCAAUUUUGGUCCAAAGGGAAUUUCUUCCUUAACAAUAAAUGCUAGUCAGUUGUUUCCGUUUGCUACAACGGUUUAGAUUUAUGUGGUAUUAUAAGAUUGUGGCAUUGUUACAACGUUUACUAGUUGCAAUUUGAUGAGCGCUAUGACAUUAUAGUAAACCAUAAAAUUGACA